AUGGCAGGCCUGUCGCAACCUGGCCAUGGUCCAGUUCAGACGAGUGCAGUUGUUGUGCUUGGAGCUUCUUCAUGCCUUGCAAUGCCUCCUCCCUCUCCUCCUACACCAUCCUCAUCACCACCCGGGGACACUUUCUGUGAACCCAUCGACCCAUUGAGUUUGGAACGAGAACUAAGAGGAGACUCUCCAAUCAAGGAUCAGCGUCUGCGAGAAGGGAUUCAUGUGCUGAAUACAGAGGCAUUAGCCUUGAGAAAUCUUUCGCGGCUAUACGAAACCGAUCCUGUAGCCCGUGAUGGCUUCAACUUGUCAGUCCAGGCUAUUACCAAGCAGCAAGCGGCGAAUGGUAAACUAGUUGUUAUCGGCGUGGGCAAAUCAGGACACAUUGGACAGAAGCUUGUGGCUACAUUUAAGAGUCUCGCCAUUCACGCCGUCUUUCUUCACCCAACUGAAGCCCUGCAUGGUGAUCUUGGUAUCAUAGGGCCGAACGAUACCCUCAUGUUUAUCACGUACUCGGGCAAGACUCAGGAGCUGCUUAUCAUGCUGCCUCAUAUCGACGAGUCACUCCCAACUAUACUUCUCACAUCACACACUUCUCCUGACACAUGCGAAUUCAUCAAGCACCGGCCUAAUACCAUCCUGCUUCCGGCCCCGAUUCCAGAACCUGAGAAGAUCUCAUUUGGCGUCUCCGCUCCCACAACAUCGACGACUGUGGCAUUGGCUGUUGGUGAUGCAAUUGCAGUUACGGCAGCAAAGGAGAUUAAUUCCAGCAUUGCCGUUGUCUUUGCAAAGAAUCACCCUGGCGGUGCUAUCGGUGCCGCAGCUCGACAACCUCGGAUCAUUAAAGAUAUAGCAGUCAGUUGGUGCGAUAUACCGGUAGCGGCAGAGACAGAGGAAGAGAGCCUAGGUUUUGACUUAUUGCGUGCUGGCCUCGAUUCAGUCACUGGUUGGGUCAGAGUGCAAGAUCGGGUUGCAUCACCGGGUACAAUACGAAAGAUCGGUAGACAUGACCUGAAUAAGAGUUUGGAGGAGAUUCCAGAUGUCUUGAUGUCCAAGGCUUUGAUGCUUUCGCUAUCCUCGGAGACUACUAUCCGCCAGGCACGGGAUAUCUUGAAGAACAUGCAAUUGUCACCGAACGACGAAGAUAUGGCAUAUACCGACGCAUUAUGGCAGCGUAUUCGCGAUUAUGACUAG